AAUCGCUCAAGAAGAGAUAGCUGUAGUAGAGAGUAGAGCCCCGACGAGGUCAAUGAUUCGCUUGUCGCAUUGUGCUGGUGGUUGUUCAAAUUACUCCUCCUCCUGUCGUUCGACUGAUAUUCGGCGCAGCGCGGGCAAAUGCAAAUCAAAAUCCUAUAGCCCAAACCCAAUAUAGUCUAAGUAGGCCGCCAAAACACGUGUCGAUCGAUAUUUCGUCCGGCUUUUCCUGCCGUUGUUUGGUCGAUCCCAGAAAUAAAGAACCGGAAGGUCAUGCCGGCGCCCGCGAACAAGAUGACUGAGACUGGCUCGCCCAGCAGUGUCGUCGUGUCCUCGCUGACAGAGCUGGACUUUUCAUAUGCAUUGCAAAAGUAUCGUACUCGUAUAAAUGCAUUACAAGUUUCCUCAGCGUGAGAAAUAAAAUUUGUAAUGCGGAGUUACCUUGAGAAAAAAAUUUGUAAUGCAUGAUGGCAAUACGAAUGGGUGCGAUACUUUUGCACAGGAUAUUUCCGGUCCCUUGCUGAAAUUUCUCACCGAGGUCAAAGAACUCGAGCGGCAGGGAUACUUCAACGACGAGGUUGACAAUCAUGAAGUAGGACAGCACGGAACCAAAGCAAACGCAAAACCUUCCACGACCUACAAGGAGCUCUGGGGCGGUUCAACGGAGGGCGAAAUCCUGGACGUUGCGAAUAAACACUCCGGCGAGGAGCUUUUUCCGAUCCUGUUCGAAACCAGCUCGCGAAUUCGUGACAUCAAGCGGCUAUUGGAGGUGAACAACAGCUCCUCUAGUACUUCCACGUCUGAAGAAUCGAGUGAUGAGACUGGUGACGAUGUCGGUUCGUUUUCGCACGAAAGCAGCAGUCGAAAUGGUAGCAACAAGAUGAAGAAAACCGGCGCGUUCAACAGUACUAGCCCAACUAGAUCGAGGAGUAGCAAGGCGGUGUUUGGUGCAGCUAAAAGCAAAAGAAAGUCUUCAACCACGCCGAUGCGAGCAAGCAGUACGUCUUUGCUCCCCUCGCCGAAACAAGCGAAAAAAUCAUCGAAAGUGAAGGCAUCGAAAACUACGAAAACUUCGUUUUUUGACGAACAGACGGUCGAAGAUGGUGCAUUCAGUACACCGAUUCUUGCAAAAACUACAACUGCAUCAUCGGGGUUGAUGAUGGAACAGUCGGAUCAGCGUCUAGCGGAUACGCGGCGAGAAUUGGACGAUCUGAUUGCAUCAACCGGCGUGUUAACAGGUACUACUAUGUCCUCGUCUUCUGGCGCAGCAGCAGGUACAGCAGCAGGUGGUGGUACAAGUAGCACGUACAAGAACAGCAACACAAAUAAUCCUGCAGAACAGUUGUUCAGCACCUAUGGUUACGACAGCCUGUCGGGAACCAUGGCGCGAAACAGGACCAGCAAGCUCUCCUCGUCCCCCUCUUCCGUGUUCUUACCGCAGAUAGUCGGCAAUAGCAAUAACAACAAACCGACCCGCAGUUCCUCAAUCACGUCCAUCAACAGUGCCGCAGGGCCGCUGUCCACGCCAACGGGCAUGAUGCACGACCGCGGCGCGACGCGCAACAGCCGGUCUUCCUUUUUUACCAGUGUCGUUCCAAACAAGCAGCUACAGGUGGAUCAUGGGAGGUCCUCGUCGUCGAUGGUCCACAAGAACUCUCGAAAUCAUAAAGCAUCCUCCCAUGGUUCUAGCGUUGCAAGCACACGGGCCAGCACGAAGGAAACGUACGUGGUGACUCACGACGUGUCGCCGGAAAAGUUUGCCGAAAACUCGUCCAAAUUGACGGAACUGCUGCGCGACGCGGAACAAUUUUUGUUGACGUAGAAAAUAGACGUAUAGCGAGAAAAGGAACACGCUCCUGUAAGUGGAGAGGGAAAGGAAGGUCAUGAAAUCUCAUGGAAGAAGAUCCACUGCGCACAGGAAGUGCAUUUCGCAGUUGAAAUUGAAUAGCAUGCGAGUUGUAAUCUUCGUAAAAAUUGACUUGUUUUGUCUUGACGUAAUAUAGGUAAUUACGGUAUCAAAAUUGUGCACAAUAAAUUUGUUUCUAUUCUUGUUGUUUCUGAUUCUGUAAACCAUUGUUUCAAAUUGAUUCUGCUUGCCUUAUGUUUUAGUUAAUGUACAAUAACUCUCUUGCAGGAGCUUUGCAUUCUGCAAUUUCUGCGUGUUUGUUUCAUCAUCUAGAAUUUUUUUGUUUGUCAUGAUGCGGUCGGUACGGUCAUUCGUAGAGGUGUCUGAGUCUUCCCUUGAUGACGGACAAAGUUCAUCAGACACAUCCUGCAGACGACUGUUCGACGGUUGUUGUGUAGACCCUUCAAGCUAAACUUGCUCUGAAAAAACAUAGAGGACG